CGUCAAAAUCGAUAAUUAUCGAUUGUUCAUUUUUUUUCUCUCCUCUCUUUAAUUAGAAAUGUCAGUGAAAUCUUAUUAGAAUGAAAAAAAAUUAAAGAAUUAUUCACAAAAAUAUGUAAUAAAAAAAUAAUAUUUACAAAAUGAAUCGUCGGAUAAAUGUUGUAAUUCUCGUUAUGACAGCGUUGAAAAUUUUACAAAAAACUGAUAAACCUACAUUAAGAAAAAUAUUUGCUUUCAUUACAAAAUCUAGUCCUCAAAAAACAACGAAAAAAAUGAUAGUUGAUGCACUUAAAAGAUGUGUUGAAUUUGGAAUAAUGAAACAAAAACGUGGACAUUAUUUUUUAUCAUGUUUCGAGAAAGCACAAGAAUUGAAAAUUGAAGAUUUAAAAACAAAUUCUGAAAUACCACUUUCAUUAAAAGCAAAUGUUUUAAAAUUUAAAAUUCCCAAAAAUUCACAUUCAAAAUCUGAAUGUUGUAAUUUGAAAAAAAAUCUAUUUCAAAUUGAUAAUAAAGAAAAAUCUCAAUCAUUUUCAAAAUCAUAUUCACUUUGUGAUUUGUAUCAAAAUCCGGAUUAUAAAGACUCACAAUUUUCAUUAAUGUAUCCAAUUUCACGUGAAACAUCUUUAUGUAAUGCUAAAAAUUUACAAUUAUAAAUAAAUUUUUUUUGUAAUUAUUUUGUCUUCGAUUA